CGUUUGUUUACAUUCGAAGUUAAUCAGCUGUGCCAGCGCGUGUGUGUUUACAAAUUUUAACUAAAUAAAUAGAAGAUGAGCAUCUGUUGUUUAAUACGCAAACGUGUAUGCGUAAAUUUGUUGUAUCACCCUCCUUCGCAAGUUUACUUGUUCAAUACCUACUCCAUAUGGAGUAGAACAUCAUUACUUGCGCAACCAGCAGCUCUUAAGUCCAAUUUUGGUUCUGUUAACUAUGCCACCGCUGCCUCAACCGCCACUGGAAGUAAGUCCAACGAGUGGCUAACUAUUUAUCGACUGCCGCUGAUACGCCUUGCUGCCGGUUUUCAACGUCUGAAAAUCUACCAAGGCGGGCUCACGGCACUGGCACUACCAAUUACUAUUGGACUAUCGGAACUCGGACAAGUGUCACCCAACUCAGUUGCGAUAGUAGGUGUUAUUGGUGCCUCAGGUCUUUUGACAUUGUCAUUAUGUAGUUUGGUUGUGCGCAACGUCGUUGGAUUCAUGUACAUCAAUGAAGAGCGGGACAAAGUAAAGGUGGCUUAUGUUAAUUACUGGGGCAAGCGUUGUGAAGCAGUUGUGGACAUUAAUGAUUUGGAUGUCGAUUGGACGAAAGUACGGCCGACUGUUUUUAAUUUGUAUCAGAAGAUUCGUUUGUAUAGCAACAAGAAUCAGUCUUUUAAAUUAUUGAUGAAUUAUGGGGUUGUUGUCGAACCUGAAAUUUUUACAGGAAUAUUUGGCGAAUAGAAUGUAGUGCGUAGAACACAAGAGGUAGUAUAUUUUACGACUUAUUUGCAUUAUACAUCAGACGUUGGUGAUUUUUUGCACACUCAGCUGAAAAAAUUAACUUUAUAAUUUAGCUAAAAUAGUGUGUACAAAGGUAUCUUAAUGUAAAGUAAGUGUUUAAAGUUAGAUUUUAUUAAAAAAAUAUAUGAAAGACCGUUAAAUAAACAUAACGUCCCAACCAUGUAAUAUAUGCACGGGUGUAGGAAAAAAAUUUCUUGUUUGGAAUGUACAUAUUUCGAUUUACAUACGUCACCUGAAAUGCAAAAA